CCCACACCCGCGGCUAAACCACCGCCAAGCGAACCGGCAGCCGGCAGACGCACCCACCCACCCAGCACGAGGCAGGCGAGAGCACCGAGCGACGUGCCGACGACAUGGGCGACGUCGCCGUGGCAGCGGGCGGGCUCUCCUCCCCGCCGACCCCGCCGCCUCCGGAGCUGGGCAUGGUGGCGCGCGCCGUGGAGCUGCUCGUGGCGCGGAACGACGCGCUGCUGCUGCUGGACGCGGAGCAGAGCAGCGGCGAGGGGAUCACCGGGAUGGUGGCGUUCGAGGGCACGGGGCCGCCGCGGAUCGGCGUGGCGCAGUACCUGGAGCGGGUGCACCGGUACGCGGCGCUGGAACCCGAGUGCUACGUGGUGGCCUACGCGUACGUGGACCGGGCCGCGCACCGCCGCCCGGCGGCCGCCGUCGCGUCCAAGAACGUGCACCGGCUGCUUCUUGCCUGCCUCCUCGUCGCCUCUAAGGUCCUCGACGACUUCCACCACGACAACGCCUUCUUCGCGCGCGUGGGCGGAGUGAGCAACGCGGAGAUGAACAAGCUGGAGCUGGAGCUCCUCGGCGUGCUCGACUUCGAGGUCAUGCUCAGCCGCCGUCUCUACGACCUCUACCGCGCACACCUCCACAAGCAGCAGGCCGACGACCACCACGACACGCCCAACAAGCCGGAUCAGGAGCCCUCGAGGGUCGACGGCGGCGAGGAGGACCAUGACGACGACCGGAUCACCCGGCUGCCGGAAGGCGUCUUGCGGUACGACUGGAGCCAGCAGGCGCCGGCGGCGAACGGCGGGCGGCGGCACUCGUCGUCGCAGGCACCGUCGCGGUACUCCUAGGUAGCUUCUGGGCUAGGCCACGUACAGCGAUCGAUGUGCACAUUAACUAACUGUAUACGUACUGCUCGGAUUCGAUGUGUAUGGACGGUGAAUGGAAUACACUAGCGUUUCAGCUCGUUUC